CUGCCGCCGGAUGUUGUGUUUCUCGCUGCGUGCGGUUCGAGCAGCUGCUGCAGAAGAAGAAGAAGACGACGAAGAAGGAGAAGAAGAAGAAGAAGAAGAAGAAGCAGCAGCAGCAGCAGCAAAGGCGAGAGGCAGCAGGACUGGAGCGAACCCAGCAGUCUCAGCCUCAUGCUCCUCUCCGGGCACUUCUUCUCCUCCUCCUCCUCGCUGUCGUCAACAUCCUGAAAAUAUAUUUAUUGUUUUUUAUUUGUUAUUAUUUAGCCACGAAAAAAAGGGGCAACAAAAAGUGGAGGGGGGGAAGAAGGGGAACCGAGUCAUGGAGCUUUAUUGCCUGGAGUCGGACAUAGUCGUGAGAGCCCAGCCUGACCCAAACCUCCUCUAUGAUGACAGAGUGUUGCAAAGUUUAUUAACAGUUGAAGACAAGUUUUUACCUCAGUGCUCCUAUUUCCAGCGGGUGCAGAAGGAUAUUCAGCCUUAUAUGAGACGAAUGGUUGCAGGUUGGAUGCACGAGGUGUGUGAGGAGGAGAAGAGUAAUGAAGACGUCUUCCCUUUAGCCAUUAACUAUUUGGACAGAUUUUUAGCCGUGGUGCCCACCAGAAAGGGUUACUUGCAGCUCCUGGGAGCCGUGUGCAUAUUCCUGGCCUCCAAGUUAAAGGACUGCAGGCCGCUGUCAGCGGAAAAACUGUGCAUGUACACAGACAACUCCAUCACGCCUCGAGAACUGCUGGAUUGGGAGCUGGUCGUCCUGGGGAAGUUGAGGUGGAACAUGGCCUCGGUCAUCCCCAACGACUUCAUAGAGCACAUCAUACGCAGACUCCCCCUCCCCAAAGACAAGCUGCCGGUGGUCCGCAAGCACACGCAGACCUUCAUCGCCCUCUGUGCCACAGAUGACCGCCUCGCCUUGAACCCCCCUUCCAUGCUCGCCACCGGCAGCACGGGGGCCGCUGUCUGCGGCCUAAAGCUAGACCACAGCGACCAGCGGCUGAGUCGAGACAACCUGACGGACCUGCUGGCCAAGAUCACCAACACGGAGGUGGACUGUUUGAGGGGGUGCCAGGAGCAGAUAGAGCGCGUUCUGGCCAGCAGCCUGCAGCAGGGCCAGCAGUACCGGCGGGAGAACGGCAUCACCGCUGGCAACAAGGCGAGGGAGCAGCAGGACCAGUCCAGCACCCCCACGGAUGUACGCGACGUCGACUUAUGAACUCGCACGCAUCACUCGCGCCCGUUCGACCAUUGAACUGACCGGAGGCGGGAGCUGCCGCCGGUAUCCACGUCGAGACGCCACGUCGGCGCUUGUGUGACAAUCUAUGAACUUUUAGUAAAUAAGAAAUUUCUAGUUUUUUCUCCUUUUUUGCCCCAUUCAUACCCAGUUGGGUGUACUUUCACCUUUUCGUACGGGCCACAUGUAAUCAAACGACUAUUUAAAAAAAAAAAAAAAAAAAAAAAGAAACAUCUUGAACUUGAUGGUGCCUUUAGUUUCCCCCAACGGAAACCUGGAUAUAUUUUCAUACUUGAAAAAAAAAAAACAGCAUAAUUCUAUGAAAUAUACAUAUUUCUUUUGAUAAAACAUAGUACAAAUAAAUGAUAUAUAUAUAUAUAUAUAUAUAUAAAAUAUUUAGCUAGAAUUUAGUUAUGUUACCCUUUUAUCCUCUUCAGUGAGCAGUUAUCAAUCCGCCUGUGCCGUAAAACUCAGAUUUUACAAAGCACAGUUGCUGCUUUGAGGCGACGGCCCUUGAACAGCGCUGAAAUGCAGUGAGGGGAUCGCCGCUGUAGUUAACUGCUCCCUAGUGCCCAUCGAUCACCCUGUGCACCCGCAGAUGCGUUACCGUUACCGUUUGUGCGGUAACGUGCUGGCCAGGAGGCGGCUGGGCCCGCUCACAGAGGAGGGACAUGAGGGGCUCCGCGGUUUGGAGCGGUGGCUUCUGGUAAUAGUUCAUCCAGAGGACAAGGUCAGUUAUAAAGAGUCUUCAUUUCACUGCCAAAUCCAGUACAGUAUGCUAAUUGGACGACGUGUACGUGUGUAAUAAUUCAGCGAGGCUACAUUGCUGUUGUUUUUCUAGCUCCUACAUGUUGGAGGAGAGUGUUUGGCAGAUGUCUCGGAUGGGCAGAUGUCUUGUUAAGAGAGAGGAAGAGAAUAUUGGGCAGGUUCGUUUUGUACCAGGUUUGAGAGCAAAUGGAGGCUGGUUGAAGGUUUUCGUGUGACGCUUUUUUCGGGGGAAAAGAAACGCAUGUGGAAGGUGUGAGGGAGGAAAAGAUGGGAAUAGGAGGAGUGGGGCGGGAUGCUAGAAGUGUAGAUUCACAGCAAGGAAGUUAACUUAAGCUAUGUAAUGUUUCUGCAGUUGCACGUUACUUGAGUGGCACACCGGAGGAGGAAUCCGCGGUGACAUCCGGACGGGAUCGUGUGGGUCGCGCUGCAGUUUCUCCUGUUAUCAAUUUCCAUUUCGUGGAACAAUAUUGACGCACUUUUAAAAACACACUCCUUAAGAAUGGUAAGGGGAUGGUGGUUGUUGGAGAGUUCAGUGGGUUGUUGGGACCUUUUUUUUUUUAAGUUAUUUUAUUUUCUGGGCUGGAUUCCCAUGGGGGGUAACGCACAUAGUCUUGUAAGCUUCGCCCCGAUAGGUGAGGAGACGUAGGCUAAUCGGUGUUAUGGUUUAAUAGAGUAUAAACUAGUGCUGUGUUCACGCCAAACGUGUUCAUCCUCGUCGAUCACUGGUUCACUACGGCCGUAGGAACCAAGCAUAAGAGGCGUAAAUACGGCGUUAUUGUUCAGGCCGUCUACGGUUCACGCAGAGACUUCACAAAACCGUGUUUGAGUCUGGAGUCUUAUCGCUGCAGCCGGCGGGGAUGGACGUCUUUUGCCGUUGUUGCGUUGAAGUUCAGUCUGCGCGGUGGCGUGAACGCAGCAUAUCGAAAGCCAAGUCACUUAUAGACCUUUUAUUGGGCGGGUGGGGGGGGGGGGGGUUCAUUGCGUUUAUUUAACCUUACUUGAAUUUUUGUGAAUCCGGAACCAAAAACCUUCCAACAGGUCUCAGAGUUACACGCAGUGUCCGGUGUUUGGCUCUUUUUUUCUUUUAAUUUUUUUAUAAAUGUAAACUCUGAACUGAAGAUUUAAAAUGAGUUUUCUCCAUUUGUAGAACGGGGUCGGUAGGGGUUUACAUUGUGUGAACGUUUUUGGCUGUAUAUAACCAAAUUCCCCCAUGAGCAGAAAUGCUAACAAAUGUCCUCAUCGCGUUUUAGAACAGAAAUGCAGUUUCUAAAUUGUAUUCCUGUAUGUUCUGUUGUGCAAAAAGCCAAAUGUUUUUUCCCCAAGAAAAGUGCUUCAAACAGAAAAAAUGUUUAUGCUUUUAAAGGUUUUGUGUAUAAUUUGAACAAGAUAAUUCCAAAGUGAGACAACUAGAUCAUACACAGAAUUCUUUUGCUGCUAUGAAGCUUUUGUUUUCUAGUCUUACACAAAGAUGCCUUAUAUUGAUUCACUUGUGUGCUGCUAUAUUAUGAAAUGUUGUAAAUGUAACAGGUCUUCUUUGCUUUUCUGUUGUAUGUGUACUGGAGGAAACGUAACAGUUUGGUGCGGGACUGGAAGUACUUGUUUUUGCCAAUCUUUUUGAUUAGCAUGUUUUUAUUCUGUAUUGUUUCAUUUUAUCUUUAUAUUCUACCAUAUUCUUGCUGCUUCUUUGUAAUGUUUGUGUACCUCAGGUUAAUUUGGACGGAUAGAGCGAGAGCCCAUUUCGCGUUACCUCAUCCAACUUCACAUCACCCACACAUUGUUUUCGCUCUGAUUUUUGUUGGACGAAUUUCACUUUUUUUUUUUUUUUUUUCCAGUCCGGAUGAGGAAGGACUACGUAUUCUUCAAAGAAAAGUCUUGCGCCAGAUUUCACUGUGCAGUUAAAAGUGCCUAUACAUUAAUGUAGGCUGUCAUAUACCUAAGUAAAAAACAGCCCAUACUGUACGUUAUACAUGUAUUGGAAAGAUAUUUGGAGUUUCAUUGGCCUGUUUAGUUCGGUUCAUUGGAGUAAAGUGGAAUAUUGUGUAUUGAGGUGCCCAUUUAGUCAAAGUUUAAACCAAGAGGAUGUUUUAUCAUUGUUCAGUGUGGUUGGUUUUCUAAACUCCUCUCCCACUAUCCCCAUGUGCAACCACACAGUGUACCUCAACAGUUUCUCAAUAAAUUGGCUAAAACCA